AUGAUUCAGCUAUUAUUCACGGUGAUUUUUUCCGAAGCAGCGACGAUUGCGUUGCUGUUGUUCAAGACUCCGUUGAGGAAGCUCGUGAUAAUGGGGUUGGAUCGGUUGAAGAGAGGGCGUGGACCGCUUAUGGUGAAAACGGUUGCGGGGACUCUUGUUGCUGUCUUGUGUUCGAGUGUUUAUAGUAUGGUUAAACUGCAGAAACGGGAGAUCGAAGAUGGUGGGGCUGUUAAUCCUACCGAUCAGGUUCUUAUGGCUAAGCAUCUCCUCGAAGCAACACUCAUGGGUUCUGUCCUUUUUCUUGCACUCAUGAUAGACAGACUACAUCAUUACAUAAGAGAACUCCGGAUUCGAAGAAAGAGCAUGGAAGCUGUUAAAAAACAAAUGCGAGGGUCUGAGGAUGCGAAGAACACAACUUCUGAGGAAACUAAAACAAUGGAGGAAGAAGCAUCUAAGUUGAGAGCGGAAGUUGAUCGCCUGGAAUCUGAACUGCACUCCAAAAAUAAAGGGGUCGGGGCUGCAGAAGCCAGUAUAAGUGCUCUGAGAAAACAAUCUGAAGGGUUCCUUCUUGAAUAUGACCGCUUACUUGAGGAGAAUGAGAACCUCCGCAACCAACUCAAAUCCGUUGACCAAAGAUUCUCACGUUCAAAUUCCAAAAAGAAUAUGUGA